UAACUUGUGAAGUCAACACCAAUAGACAAGCUUGUUUACUCAACAAUUUGUUAAUUAACAUGCUUUUGAUUUUCGUUGAUUCUCACACAAAACAAGUUGACCGACAAAAUCUAUGCUUGUUAUAGUCUAAUGAGAUUUGUAACAGUUCAAAGAGACUCUAAAAGCUUCUGACUUUUUUCACACUGUACUUACAAUUGGCGACACAUCUUUUGCUUCUCACUUGUUCAACAGUAAUCAUUAUCCAGUGUCCUCAACUUCAUUUAUUAGAUGAAAUCAAAUGACCUGGAAUCAAAAUUUAACCAUGAUGAUUAAUCUUUUGUAUCUUUCCUUAUCGCUUCAUGGUUGACAUAUCCACUCAUUAACAAGUUUCUCAGGUCAAAUAAUGGGCUGUGAGAUCUCCGUUGAAAAGACCAAUUGGAUGAUGUCUGUAUGCCAAAGAUUAAAGUAGGACUUGCUCUUUACACGGAAUCCUAUCAACAUUAUUGGACACCAUUGGACAUGAAUUUAUAGCCAUAUUUGUUAACUUUCAAUUUCAUUAUUACAAGCAUACAUAUUUGGUUAACCGUGUUGUGUUUAUGUAAUGAUGUUCACGAAAUGGAUGGUUCCGUGCUCAAUACGUGUUUAAUUAACCUACUUGUAGUGAAGAUGAAUCUUUCUCCACUUGAAGCUAAUUUCUUUUACAAUCAAAACUCCUUCAAUGGUCAUCAUGAAAGAUCAAUCAAGACGAUCACUGUAAAGUACAAACUAAUCAUCAGAUAACACUUCAAAGGACGUUUCAAUUGUUAAUUAUGCUAUUGUAUUGUAAUCAUUAUCACUCUGGUUACACUUUGUCAUCUCUUGACCACCUUGACUAUGAUUAAGAAGCUGUAAAAGCUGAUUUUAAUCAGGAUUCAUCAAAUCUGCUUCAAUACAUUUUUCAAUUUACAAGUUCUCAUGUCAAAGACAUUCAUUUUCAAGCCUUGAUCUAAAUUGAGAAAUUUCUCAUCAUUUAUGAUCAAGUCUAAUCAAAUCAAAGCAUCUGGUUGCUCAGUGUCAACUUUCAUUGACUCUAACAAAAUGUCAAUGUCGUUUUUUCAAUUGUUUCAAAUAUCUAUUGUACGGUUACGAAUCAACUCAUGGAGCAGAUAAUCAUCAAUAGCCAUCGUUUUCACAAAUAUUGCUUUAUAUCCAUUUUGCAUCAGUUUCAUGAAAUAAUAUCAAAUGGAUUGACAAUUUGGUUGCAAUAUACUUGGAUUACAUGGAAUAGCUCAUCAAGGCUGGUGUCAUUAAAUUAUCUUGUUAAUUGUAACCACAACAUGAAACUACUCGAUCAUCUUUACAAUACACUUUGCAAUCAAUUUUCUGAGACAGACAUUGGCUCAAUGUAGACUAAAAAUUUUGACCAACCGAUUUAGCAAAUUCAAUGAUCAAUUGCAAUUAUACUUGACUGUUGAUGGCUGAUUUUCCGAUGGACAUCAUUUUAACAAUCAGUUGAUCAAACAUAGUGUUAUGCUAAAGAAGUAUCACAAGGAACUCUGUCUCUGCCUGUAAAUUGAAUUGAUGAUACACGUAACUGUAGUCAACUGCUUGGACUGUAAUUUUUGAGGUUAUAACAUGAUUUGAAUAGAUGGCAAAACAAUCUGCAAGGAGAUAAAUCAAGGUGUUAAAGUUGACCAUUUUCAUCUAAUAACAAUGGCCAACUAUUGAGAUUGUUUGAUCAUUAUGUUAAAAUUAAUGAGUCCACAAGCCAAACUUUAGACUAAUUCAAUAAUCAAGAUUAAUACAUUCGGGUGAGUGGCCAUUAGAUUAAGUAGAAGAAACAAAUUGAAUAAUUGAGAUUGAAAACAUUAAGGAUUUUAUUCUCAUUAAAGCAAAAGGAAAAAAUUAGAUGAAAAAAAGUUACAAAGAUAUCCAGCAAUCAUUACAUGGAUGAAGGUUACAUGAAAAAGAGCAAAGAGUUGACCAAAAUUUCAUUCAACUUCAUCCAUGAAAACCUUUAUUUCAUUGACAUUUCAAUUGAGUGGAACAAUUAUUUCACUAAUGACAAUUAAUAACAAAUAAUGGUUGACUUAAUGUAAAACAAUAUUUUUUUUCUGGUAAAAUGUGUUGGUUUUUUUGGUGGUAAAGUCACCCAUAUUAACAUUAAUUAAAUUGUUGAUAAACACAACAUUUUCCCCCAUUUUGGAUUGAUAAAAAAGACAUGACCAGAUUAACCAAUGGAUAUAACGAGUGUUAUACAAUCAAGUUGAUUGAUAGUCAGGUUAUAAGCUUGCUUUUAUUUCUAGAAACUCAAAUCGACUGUAAGAGCAAUGGCGGAAAAUAGAAACUCGGAGCAAUCUCUUUUCAGAUUUAUUUACCUCUCAGUCUUUUUACUCACUCUUUUUCCAGUUAUCUUCUCGAUUCUUCGAUAUUUUUGAACAUUUUUCUAGCCACUAGUCUUGAGUAAAGUCUAGUGUUCAUCUCGAAAAGCCAGAUGAAAGCCUAACAUUCACAAUUGAUCAACAAGUUGAAAAAUUUACAAAUAUCGCCAGUUGAGAUAAAGUCAACUUUGUAAUGUGAUCUUAACAGAUACUCAUCGAUAUCCAAGCUUAACCGAUAUUUUUAAAACAGUCACAAGACAAUGUCUCUCUAUUAAGUUUUUAAUUUAAACCCAAUUUUAACCGGUUAACCAAAAUAUCAUCUAUAUCAUCUUCGAGGUUAACCCAGGGACCAGUUGCCGAUUGAAACCAUCUCUCACCUGUCGAUAUUACAUUUGUAAGAGCAAAACUUACCAUUUAUUGCCUGUUUUAGUUAUUUUGGUAUUUUAUAAGAUUUGGUUUCUCCAGUUGAAAUUAUUUUUUUAGUCUUUUAUCCUGUUUCGAUACCUUCUUGGACCAAAAUCAACGAUAUUUAGGAUUCUAUUUUUGUUGUCAACUCAGAUAUUUUAUUUAAACUGACAAAAAUUGAAUUAACAAUGAAUGCUGAUCAACCAGAAGACGAUCAGGAAAACCAAUGUGAUAACUUUGGAGGUAAACUCAAAGGAGGUGAUGAUUUGAAUACAGACCAACUGAUCAAAUUUGUUCAUGGUGAAGAUAAAGUAAAGGUUAACAAGUUACUCUUGUUACCUUGGGAUGAUGUCUUGUUUCCAUAUAUUUUGGACCAUUUGACUUGGAAAGACUUGUAUCUUUUGCGAUCAGUUUCGCGGUCAAUGAUGGAUCUGGUUCAUUGUUAUUUGUCCUCAUUAUUGGUUGUUGAUUUAGCUAAGAUUGGUAAACGUUUUACUCUUCAAGCAUUUGGUGUUCUGUCUGCGAACUGUUACAACUUGAGGAUUCUCAAUUUAUAUAAAUGUAAAUGGAUUUCAAAUGAUUUACUACAAAAUAUCAUUGAACAAAAUCCACACUUGACUCAUUUGAAUAUUUCUUGCUGUUUAUCUGUAAACAAUAAUUGCCUUCAAAGACUUGCAAUCAACUGCAAAGGCCUUAAAUCUAUUCAAUUAAAGGAGUGUUGUUGGACGAAUGCCAUAGCUGUUGCCCAUCUAGCGUUGAAUUGCCCAUUAUUGGAAGAGGUUGACCUAACGAGUUGUUGGGAGAUUACAGACGAUUCAGCAAUUGCUUUGGUAAUCAGAUGUCCAAAUCUAAGAAGAUUAUCUCUAUCAAACAUCUACGGAAUCACCGACAGUGUUCUGAUGAAUGUUGCUGCUCAAUCUAAAAAUCUUGAAUAUCUCAACAUUUCUGGUUGCUGGCAUAUAACAGAUUAUGGUGUUAGAUUGAUCGGUGAAAAUUGUAAAAAGCUAGAGCGAUUGGAAGUUUUUGGUUGCAGCGAGGUUACGGAAAGAAGCUUGGCAUUUUUGAGGCUCAGAGGAGUUAAAAUCGAUAUACAACCGCCUCAAAGGCCUCGAUUGACUUUGUUCUUGAGACACGCGAUGGGCCAUUAGGAUUCCGGCGAUGAGCGAGAUUGUACUUCAAAAAAGCUUUCAAAUGACUGAUGAUAACAAUUAUUAUAAACUUGACUUAGAAAGAUUUAUUUAUAAGUUUCAUCUCUUUAAUGAUCAUUGUGGACCAAACAUCGCUUUUAACAUUUUCUAUGUGAUAUUUAUAUUAAAAAUGAUUAUUAAUUCCA